AUGCAGUUCAAAUCGACUAUCGCACUGGCCUUUGUGGCCCUCGCCAGCAUCGUUGCCGCCUCGACCCCUGCUUGUAUCAUUUCUGUUAUGGGCGACACCGCCAACCCCGACGACUUGAAGACUAUCUGCGGUUCUAAGACGAUCCAGUCUACCAUCGAAAGCAAGUGCGGCAACAAUGCUCAGGCCGGCCUGAAGUUCUUCUGCAACACCUGCAAGAGUGCCGGAUACACAGUUGUAACCUCCUCUAAUACUGCCGGCACUGCCACCGCUACUGGCGCUACUGGUACCGCUACUGGUUUCGCAACUGCUGUUUCCACCUCCGGCUCUAAGACUACUGGCGCUUCGACCUCUGGCUCUGGCUCUGCUAGUGCCUCUGGAUCUGCGUCCGGUAGCGCUUCAGCCUUUCCCUCGCCCUCCACCGCUGGCGCUGCGGGCGGCCAACACCUCUCGAGCACCGCCUUCGUUGCCGCCAUGUUCUUCGGUGCUGCCGCAAUUCUGUGA